AUGGCGAAGGUCUCAGAGCUUUACGAUGUCACUUGGGAAGAAAUGCGAGAUAAAAUGAGAAAAUGGAGGGAAGAAAACUCACGAAACAGUGAGCAAAUUGUGGAAGUUGGAGAGGAAUUAAUCAAUGAAUAUGCUUCUAAGCUUGGAGAUGAUAAUUUUUACAUUAAAUUCAUUUUUUUUCUCUCUCUGUGUCUAGUUUGGAUCAUAUAUGAGCAAGUGAUGAUUGCAGCCCUAGACUAUGGUCGAGAUGACUUGGCAUUGUUUUGUCUUCAGGAGUUGAGAAGACAGUUCCCUGGCAGUCACAGAGUCAAAAGACUAACUGGCAUGAGAUUUGAAGCCAUGGAAAGAUAUGAUGAUGCUGUACAACUAUAUGAUAGAAUUUUACAAGAAGAUCCAACUAACACUGCUGCAAGAAAGCGUAAGAUUGCCAUUCGAAAAGCUCAGGGGAAAAAUGUGGAGGCCAUUCGGGAACUGAAUGAGUAUCUGGAACAAUUUGUUGGGGACCAAGAAGCUUGGCAUGAACUUGCAGAACUUUAUAUCAAUGAACAUGACUAUGCUAAAGCAGCCUUUUGUUUAGAGGAGCUAAUGAUGACUAAUCCACACAACCACUUAUACUGUCAGCAGUAUGCUGAAGUUAAAUAUACCCAGGGUGGACUUGAAAACCUCGAACUUUCAAGAAAGUAUUUUGCUCAGGCACUGAAACUGAACAACAGAAAUAUGAGAGCUUUGUUUGGGCUUUACAUGUCGGCAAGUCAUAUUGCUUCUAAUCCAAAAGCAAGUGCAAAAACAAAAAAGGACAACAUGAAAUAUGCUAGUUGGGCAGCUAGUCAAAUAAACAGAGCUUAUCAGUUUGCAGGUCGAAGUAAGAAGGAAACCAAAUACUCUCUUAAGGCAGUUGAAGACAUGUUGGAAACACUGCAGAUCACCCAGUCUUAAGGUUUCAAACUCUUUCACAUUACAUUUCACAACUGCACAAUUGAACUUACUGGCUUGUGACUACUAAAUGCCUAGUGCUAUUUAUAUACUAAUUUUUUGUUAAGAGGGCAAUUGUAAAGAAUGUUUAUAUAGACCUAAAAAUGCGUUUUAUUGCUAAGCAGGAAGAUGGAGAAAGUCCACGGAAGAGAGAUUUAACAAGAUUCGUAUUGAUUGUACAUCAUUCUCUUCAUAGCACACAUAUAUAACUUCUUUUAAACCACAACCUGAUGUAGAAAUCCCAUGAAUAAAUCAUGUGAUUUAUUAAA